CAGUGCACUAUGAAAACAAGUUAGCCACGCUCUCGCCCGCAGUUCAGGUUUGGCAGCGGCGACGACGAGAAGUGCGUGGCAAACGGUCGCCGGGAAUCCAUUUUUGAAUAACGAUUCCGAAUAUUUCAAUCAGCCUCAACGCUGGCGCGAAGCAUAAAUAUUUGCGCAGUUUAAUUAAUCGUAGUGGAGAAUGAAUGAAUUAUGACCGGGGAGUGUUUUUUGUGCCAAAUAUAACGUGGAUUAACUCGGGCCUGUUUUAUUUUUGAACGUUUCAAAGGUUGCUACUGCAGACAGAUCUCCCCAGCAGAACCAGGAAGGAUGACGAAACCACGACACGAACGAGACGAGUAACGCUCGUGAGAAAUCGAAGUUGCCGACUACGACGACGCCAUUUUGCCGUUUAGCGUACGAGUGAAUGUGAACCGGGCGAGCAGCGUCGCCACCAUGUUGUCCGCGAGUAGAACUUUUCUCGUGGUCGCCGCCGUCCUGUUUGCGUACGCCGCAGCCGCGAGCUCGUCCGUGUUAUCGUCCUCGCUGGACGAAGAGGGAAAAUGCGAGGAGAUAACCAUACCUAUGUGCCUCGGGAUUGGCUACAACAUGACGCGCAUGCCUAACGAGCUCAAUCACGAGUCGCAGGACGAGGCCGGCCUCGAAGUGCACCAGUUCUGGCCUCUCGUCGAGAUCAAAUGCUCGCCGGACCUAAAGUUCUUUUUGUGCUCGAUGUACGCGCCCAUAUGCUUGCCGGAGUACACCAAGCCGUUGCCUCCUUGCCGCGACCUCUGCAGACGAGCGAGGGAAGGCUGCGAGCCUAUAAUGACCCAAUACGGUUUCACGUGGCCCGAACGCAUGGAGUGCGAUCAGUUUCCCGUUCAGGGGGGCGAAACCCUGUGCAUGGACCAGCCGUCCGCUCAAAACGCCACCACGCCCAAACCGACGCACCGCAAACCGCCGAAACCGUGCAAGAACGGCUCAAAAAACUGCGCAAGCCCCCACGGAGACAUAAGAAGGACCGGCGCAAGCAGCGAGUGCAAGUGCCAGUGCCAAGAGCCCCUAGUCUCGGUGGGGAACGAAAUCUCACCGCCAUCCACCAACCGAAACGUCGGAAACGUCCCAAACUGUGCGUUUCCGUGCCGGGAUCCGUUCUUCAGCCCGAAGGAGACGGAAUUCGCGUCGGUAUGGAUCGCUCUAUGGUCCGGACUCUGCGCCGCUUCUACGCUAAUGACACUUACCACAUUUUUCAUCGAAACCGAACGGUUUAAGUACCCUGAGAGGCCGAUCGUUUUCCUGUCGGCCUGCUACUUCCUGGUAUCGGUCGGAUACCUGUUGAGGGUCGGUUUCGGCCACGACGUUAUCGCGUGCGACGCGAAAAUCAUUCGGUACUCGUCGACGGGUCCGAGCCUCUGCACGCUCGUUUUCUUGCUGGUUUACUUCUUCGGAAUGGCGUCGUCGAUAUGGUGGGUGAUACUAUCGUUAACGUGGUUCCUUGCCGCUGGGCUUAAGUGGGGCAACGAGGCGAUCGCCAGCUACGCGCAGUGUUUCCACGUCGCCGCCUGGAUAAUACCGACCCUCCAGACGCUCGCCGUCCUGCUGAGCGGAGCCGUGGACGGGGACCCGAUCUCGGGCAUCUGCUACGUCGGAAAUAUGAACAUGGAAAACUUGAGAACGUUCGUGCUCGGACCGCUCGUCAUCUACUUAAUUCUCGGCACCAGUUUCUUGAUGGCCGGGUUCGUGUCGCUGUUCCGCAUCCGGAACGUCAUUAAGAAGCAAGGGGGUGCCGGUGCCGGAUCGAAAGCCGACAAGCUAGAGAAGCUCAUGAUCCGGAUCGGAAUAUUCAGCGUGUUGUACACGGUACCGGCGACCAUCGUGAUCGGGUGCCAUUUGUAUGAGAACGCGUUCCACCACGAGUGGCUCAAAUCGUUGGCGUGCUCGUGCCCGAACGCGCAGGGCGUGCCGUUAAAAAUGAAGCCGCUCUACUCCGUUUUAAUGCUCAAAUAUUUCAUGGCUCUCGCGGUAGGCAUCACGUCCGGCGUGUGGAUAUGGUCCGGCAAAACGUUAGACUCGUGGAAACGUCUGUGGAGGAGGUUAUUCGGCAGACCGGACUUGUCCGGCGCCAAUGCGGCCCUUAUCAAGAACCGUUCAGGGAAACCGCCCCCGCCUCAGUAUCUGAUGACAGGUCCGGGUAGCGCCUCGCUCUUGGGACCUACCGGGAGCGUGGCGUCCGCGAGCCAACACCACUUGCACCACCACGUCCUCAAGCAGCCGCCUUUGAGCCACGUAUGACAAGCGAAUACGGAACCCGCCGCCGGCCCCGCCACGGCGGUGGUCGUGUCUCAUCACGCGCAAGGUUCGGGACCGUCUCUGAGCAAUUACGGGCCCAUUUGAGUAAGCGUUUGGGGCUCCCGCCACACGGUCACAGCUCUCUAGUCGAUAUGUAAGAAGUGCCAUUUUGUUCCAAGGACGCUCGUUUUCUCUUCUUUUGUACAGACCCAGUUUUUUUUUUCGUUGUGUAUUUAUUUAUUGAUCUAAGGAAUGCUGUAUAAAUGUCACAAGUUUUUAUGUAGGUGGUACGUAAUAUUAAAACGUGUGCAUGCGCGCCCGUUCUCUGAUCGGGUUAGGCUCGACUCGGCCGAUUUGGCUGGCGGCCGAGCUGAUAAAAUUGUUGUGCGACCAAUUGUCGGUAAUCUACAGCGUGAUCCGGAAAUUAGUACCAUGCAUUGGUCUUGCCGGUCCUGUGGUAUUAGAAUUUCUCCUAGUUUGCUCUCUGUCCUCUCCAUUUUCUUACUCCUUUCAUUCUCAAUCGUCCUCUUCUCGUCUCUUCCUUCUCAUCAUUCUUUCGAUGUGAUAAUACCUCCAUUAUGUGACUGACGUUGGAAGCUUUAAACACUGGGAACUAUAUAUAAGACCAUUCUCACUCUCUCACCCUUCCUCUUUCUCCUUAAUCUUUUCCCCUUCCUUGUUCCUUGAACGUAUUAAUUCCUGUACGUUGCUCUCCCUGUUAUCUUGUAUCAUCUGUUCACCUCUUCUUCUUCCGUGCGCUUUCAAACUGUCAGUUCAUUUGGAUCUUGUAAGAAUUUGGCAGGGUACAGGAAAUUCUAAUUCUCGACGAGUGCAAUGAAUCUGUGGUACUUAUUUCUGGGCAAUCCUAUAUAAUCGAUCCUUCAACCGUUGUCCCUUACAAUACGUAUCGGAGAGUUCGUACUAAACGCGUCGAUCAAGCAAACUCGUUAUAGCAACUGGCCACCUUUAAAAAGAAUGUCAUUGGUAAAUACUAAAAGUGAUGAAAAAUACGUAAUUAUCUUAUAAAUGUGAUUGAUUCGUGUGGGAGAGUGACGGCGCGGCGUUUCGGUAGUUUCUAUUUCGUCAAAUUUGACAGCUGUCAUUUCGUAUCUACUUUAUACAUGAAAAAUAUUUCGUAUCGGGACCACCAUAAAGUUGCCAGACGAACGCUGUCGAAACGUCGAGGAAUGCGAGGGCGUUAAAGAGAGAGAUUGUUCGAUAUAUUCUUGUAGUUCUGACAUAGUAGUCGUAGGUUUUUUACAUUAUUAUAGAAAAUACUUUCGACAUUGUUUGUACUUACGUGUCCUGUGAAAGGGUCAUUUGCGUUUACGAUAAUCUUUAACCGGUAAAAUUUGUUCGGCAAAUCAGGGACAUAUCAGAUUUAUUUUUUAAAUAGUAGCACACUUUAAUCUAAAGUAAUUUUGUUUUUAGGAAAGAUUUAUUAGGCGCGCCCGAGGCAUAAAAAACACUCGGUCCCAAAAGAAAAAUGCACAAUCAUCACAAUCGGUAAAAUCGGCCACCGUGUUUUUGAUGCUUUGAGGCCGAUCGUAUUGUUUAAGAUACUGAUAACGACUGAGCACAAACUUAAUUUGUAUAUUAUUUUUUUAUGGAUGUAAAACUUGUACAGACCCCCCGAUAAUGAUUUUUUCGUUUUGUAUUCAACUGCGUGUAAAGUAUCUAGAUUAUAGUCUACUGUAACAUGUAUGUAUGUAUGCUUCAAAAAUGUAUACGAUUAAACAUAUUUUAUUGUUUAAACUUGA